GGUGGGCCGGCCGAGCCCAGCACGGAGGCUGAGGUUCGAGGCUGGUGAUGCGACUGGCGGGGCGGCUUGCGGGCGCCGCGGCGCUGUGGCUGCUGCUGUCCGCCCACGCGGCGUCGGCGUUCGAGCCCCUCACCGUGGGCCUGGCCAUCGGGGCCGUGUCGGCCCUCACGGGCUACCUCUCCUACCAGGACCUGUACUGCCGCUUCGCCGAGUGCUGCCGCGACGAGCAGCCGCUCAACGCCUCGGCCCUCAAGUUGGAUUUGGAGCAGAAGCUGUUUGGACAGCAUCUGGCCACGGAAGUGAUUCUCAAGGCGCUGACUGGCUUCAAGAACAACAAAAACCCCAAGAAACCACUGACCCUGUCCUUGCACGGCUGGGCUGGCACAGGCAAGAAUUUUGUCAGUYAAAUUGUGGCUGAAAAUCUUCACCCAAAAGGCCUGAAGAGCAACUUUGUCCACCUGUUUGUAUCAACUCUGCACUUCCCUCAUGAGCAGAAGAUUAAACUGUACCAAGAGCAGCUACAGAAGUGGAUCCGUGGAAACGUGAGUGCCUGCGCCAGCUCGGUUUUCAUAUUUGACGAGAUGGACAAGUUGCACCCCGGGAUCAUCGAUGCCAUCAAGCCCUUCCUAGACUACUACGAGCAGGUGGACGGGGUGUCCUACUGCAAAGCCAUCUUCAUCUUUCUCAGCAAUGCAGGUGGGGACCUCAUAACUAAGACAGCUCUGGACUUUUGGAGGGCAGGAAGAAAGAGGGAAGAYAUCCAGCUGAAGGACCUGGAACCUGUGCUGUCUGUUGGAGUCUUCAACAAUAAACACAGUGGCCUGUGGCGCAGUGGGCUGAUAGACAGAAACCUCAUCGACUACUUCGUCCCCUUCCUGCCCUUGGAGUACAGACACGUGAAGAUGUGUGUGCGGGCAGAGAUGCGGGCCCGUGGUGCUGAUGUAGAUGAAGACAUUGUCACCAGGGUGGCAGAGGAAAUGACGUUUUUCCCCAAAGAUGAGAAAAUCUAUUCAGACAAGGGCUGCAAGACCGUUCAGUCCCGACUAGAUUUCCACUGAGCGCUUACCCACACCUGGACCUUGCCCUUCAGAAACACUUUAAAGACCUCUUCAGGGUUCUGCAUAUUUGCACCUGUGAACUUGGGAUCUAGAAGUUUCUAAGAGUUAACUAUUGAAAAGACACUAAUCUGUCCUGCGUGCGACAUAAUGGCAGUUCAGCUGUUCCUUGCAAUUGAAUGUGAGCUUUUAGAAUCCUUAUAUGCACAGUUAUUAACCUUCACGGAAGUGCCUACAAACAGCUGUGCGUGAGGUCAUUGGUGGGUGACUCACGGCCCAGCCUCUCAAGCCAGUGCUUUGACCAAGGACCCCAGGGACCCUGCUACAGUUGGGAGCAUCAGGUUUUCACAUGCCAAAGUCGUCUUGCUCUGCUUUUUCUUUGCACAGAGUACAUUCACUGGCUGGUAGUAUUUUUAGUUAACGUCAGUGGCCCUGCAGGUGCAGGUGGUGUUGGCGAGGAGGAUGUGGCCCUGCACACCGGCUACUCUUGCCCAGGGCUGGACUGUCAUCCUAAGGGUGAAGGUGCACCCAGGCCCUGUAAGCAGACCAGGAUCCAGAGUCCCUUGGGUCUGGCCCUGGCCUUGGAAUUCCCACUGUCAGCCUGGUGAGCCUGCCAGCUCCUUAUACCAUGUCCUCCACUACCAGGUUUCCCCAGCCCCAUCAUGCUACAUUUGCCUGUUACACUUCACAUGUGAGUAAUGUGCAGCUCAGCAGGUUA